AUGUUCCUCGAUGAAAACGGCAGCCGAUCCAGACAGCGCAGCUCCCGACCGGCAGCUUCGGUAUUUGGGCGACAGGGCGAGGCGGCGAGGCGAGCGAGAGACUGGGCACGAGCCGCACUUUUGGCGUUGGCGCUUUGCACCGAUCAGGCAGAAAACUGGCUGGCCAAUCAUUCACCCGAAUCGCCCUCCACCAACGCUGCCCGCAUCCCUUUCCACCAUCUCCAUCGCGAAAAAAACAUCGUCCUGGGCUCCGCUUGCCGCACCUUUGCUAUCGUCACGAACGAACAACGACACGCGAAGACCAGAGUGCGCUACUUCCAGACGUCGAUCCUCGGCACAUCGAUCGCGACUAGGCCAAGCCCCACGGCUACGCUGCUGCUGCUCCGUCCGCAGCCUCCUAUCCGCUCGAUCUACGUGUUAUCAGCGUCGGAAAACACGCCAAGCGAGCAACGCUCCGCCUCCAUCCGCACCCACCCGCACCUAGAUCCAAAACACGCGUGCGAAAGCGACAGGAACGAUACCUUGCUCAUCCUGUCCGCACCGGCUCCCGACUCCGACAACGCGCUUCUGCUGGCUACAAAGGAAGGUGACCCUUCUGGAGGCUGGCGCUUUGCGCAGUGCUUCGGAGACAAGGGCGAAGUCGAAGAGAUCACCGAAGCCGACAUCAUCUCAACCGUCGAAUUCGAUCACACGGGCGACUACCUCGCUACGGGUGACAAGGGUGGUCGUGUGGUUCUCUUCGAGCGCAACGACUCCAAAAAGGGCUGCGAGUACAAGUUCCACACCGAGUUCCAAUCCCACGAGCCCGAGUUCGACUACCUCAAAUCGCUCGAGAUCGAGGAAAAGAUCAACAAGAUCAAGUGGUGCAGGAGGCAAAACGCCGCCCACUUCCUGCUUAGCACAAAUGACAAGACCAUCAAGCUUUGGAAGGUGUUCGAAAAGACGCUCAAGCUCGUCGCCGAGAACAAUCACAACGGAACCGAGUAUGGCCAGAUGCGCGACCCAGACGUGCAUCCAUCACUACUGCCCAUCCCCAAACCCGUCGUCGGCAGCGGUAUCGGUCUGCGUCUGCCCCGUCUCACACCCGUCGACACCAUCAUCGCCGCGGUCCCAAGGAAGAUCUUCGCCAACGCGCAUGCGUACCACAUCAACUCGGUCUCGGUCAACUCGGAUGGCGAGACGUAUAUCAGUGCGGACGACCUGCGUAUCAACUUGUGGAACCUCAACAUCAGCGACCAAAGUUUCAACAUUGUCGACAUCAAGCCCGUCAACAUGGAAGAGCUCACAGAGGUCAUCACGGCGGCCGAGUUCCACCCGAUCCACUGCAACCAGUUUGUCUACUCGAGUUCCAAGGGUACGAUCAAGCUCGCCGACAUGCGCGACUCGGCGCUGUGCGAUGCGCACGCCAAGCAGUUUGAGGAGGAGGAGGAUCCGUCGACCAAGUCGUUCUUCAGCGAGAUCAUCAGCAGCAUAUCCGACGUCAAGUUCAGCCGCGACGGACGCUACAUCCUGUCGCGCGACUACCUCACGCUCAAGAUCUGGGACGUCAACAUGGACAACAAGCCGGUCAAGACGAUCCCCAUCCACGACCAUCUGCGCUCCAAGCUGUGCGACCUGUACGAGAACGACUGCAUCUUUGACAAGUUCGAGGCUCUGUGGGGACCCGAUGGCAAGAAGGUGCUGACGGGCAGCUACAACAACUACUUCCACGUGUUUGACAAGGACGACAGCUCCGACGUGGUGCUGCAGGCGGACAAGUCGGCGUUCAAGGCCAAGCGCAUGGCGGGCGCGGGCAAGAAGGGCAACAAGGGCGCCAACAGCACGCUCGGCGCACCAGGCCAGGUCAACCUCGACAAUCCGGACUUUAACAAGAAGAUCCUGCAUGCCAGCUUCCAUCCGCGCGAGAACACGAUCGCCAUCGCAGCCACCAAUAACCUCUUCAUCUUUUCGGCAAACAACCCGGCAGGCAUCCCCAUGGCGUGA